UUCUUCAUCGCACCUUCCCAGAGGACUCUCCUUCCCUGUCUAUAUAAAUUAACAACGCCAACUUCGCCACUCGAAAAUCCUGAGAGCUAUUAAGCCUCCGCAUACAUACAUAGUAGACACGCACGAAACCGCUACGUGAGAGUUCGAUCCUUGCUCCGGGAGAAUUUGGGGCGGAAAGCAGGAUGCCGGUGGAGUCUGGCGAGGGACGGCGGCGUCCGGCGGAGGGAGAGCUGCCGGCGGUGGCGGCGACAGCGAAGGAGCGGUGCCCGCGGUGCGAGUCGCGGGACACCAAGUUCUGCUACUACAACAACUAUAACAUGUCGCAGCCGCGCCACUUCUGCAAGUCGUGCCGCCGGUACUGGACCCUCGGCGGCUCCCUCCGCAACGUCCCCAUCGGCGGCGCCUCCCGCAAGCGUCUCCGCCCCUCCCCGUCCCCCUCCACCGCGUCCGCCUUGAGGCCCGGCCUCGCCCUGCCGGCCCUCUCCGCGCCACCGCCCCCCUCGGCACCAGAACUCGUGGCCGCCCCUGACGGGCCACCACCGCCCAGCCACGGUUCGCUGAUCCCCGGCGGCCCGGUCCAGGCAGGGCUCCUGGGGCUGGACGAGCCGUUCCUCCCCGGCCGGGCCGGUUUCGGGCUCGGCCUGGGGCUGGGGCUCGGGUGCAGCGCCAGGGCCGCGGAGGAGAUGGGGUUUGGGCUGGGGUCCACCCUGCUGUGGCCCCACUCGCUGCUCGACGAGCCCGGGGACGCGUGGCGAGUGGGGGCCGGCGUCGGUGGCGGCGACUGCUUCGCCGCUCCGGGACCCGCCACCUCCGCGUGGACGGACCUCGCGAUCUCCGCUCCAGCGGAUGGUGGCGCCGCGCCGGCGAGGGAGUUCCGCUAGCUAGACAGCUGAAGACGAUGACAUUCCCGUGAAUAUUGUGUGUUGGAGGCCUGUCCACUUUUGGUUUCUCUUUAGACGGCCCACGUUUUCCGUUGUUCGCAGGUGUCUCCGAUGUACCGCUAUGCUUUGCUUUUAGAAAACACCCCCUCAUGCUCUCUCUCUC